AUGGUAUCAGGCAAAUCCAAACUAUUUGCUUCCUUAAAAGUUAUCGACGUGCUUGUUUUUCUUUAUUACUAUAUUGGAACUAUCGUACUUGGAUUUAUCAUGAAAAAACCUACCUCAAGUGUGUAUGCUGCUGCAAUAGUGAUGCUUGUUUUCUUAGGCUUGCUGACAGUUUCAACUAUUAUGAUCUAUAUAGUUAGCCCAGGAUAUAUUCCUCAAGAUUUUCAAUUAGCCACGAUUCCAGAAGAAAACAAAUAUCGCAGCUCUAAUUAUAUUUCAGAAACAGACUUAACUGAGGCUCGCAUUACCGAAUGCUCUUCCUGCAGUGUAAAAAGUCCACCUAAAACAAGUCAUUGUUAUGAAUGCAAGAAAUGUGUCCAAUAUAGAUUUUCCCACCUCCACUUGUUUUGCAAGUGUAUUGGGCUUUACAACAUAAAGUUUUAUUUUAUAUUAAUGAUGAGCUGCUUAAUUGGUUCAGUUACGUGCAUCGGUCUUGAUUAUAUGAUAAUGAGAGACACAAAAACCCCUUUUUAUGACUUAAACUUACCGUUUAUGCUGAUGCUUUCAGCAAUAUAUUCAUUAAGGUUUAUAUAUGAGGCGGGUGAUCUACUAAUAUUCAUGGCAAACAGAGAAAUGCCACCAGUUAGAACUGAGUAUAGUGUAUUCAGAACUGACAGUUGGUAUGAAAAUUAUAAAUUUCUAUUGGGAAGUGUAUUCUUAUUCUGGUUUAUACCAUUUAAAAUUAUGAGAAAGAAAGAUAUGGCAGUCCCAUUGCGUCUCAGAACAACUUAUGGGACAACAAUAAAAAUAAAGCAUAAAUAUGUCUGCAAUUAA